AUGAAAAAUAUUUGUAAAAAAGAACGGUUAUGUCAAGUUGAAAAUUAUAAAAAGGCUUAUAUUUUAUAUUUCUAUAUAAAUAACAUAAUUGCAAUUAAAACACUUGAUACUGAUAGUGUGAUUAAUUGUAAAUUACACGAGAAAAUAAAAAAAGGAAAUAUUGUUAUAAAAGGCAGUGAAGAACUUGUUUUUGAAUAUAAUGUAGAAAUUGUAGAAAUUAAUGAAGAUAAAACAUGUGAUUAUACUUUAAUUAUAAAAAGAAUAAGUUAG